CCGUGCAGCGGGUUCAUCCAACUUCAUUCUACUCGAUGUUAGUCGGUGGGUUUGGACACAGAUUCUCAUCUUUUGAUACUUAGGAGCAGUUUGAGCUCAAAUCUACCCAAGUCUUUUUCCUCCUGGAUAUCUCGGUGCUCUCCGCUAUAGUUAGCCGGUACCGGAGCUCCUAACUCUCGUGCAGUGAAGCGGAGACGGUCACAGAGAAGCCAAAGGUGGAUUUAAAGUGAGACCUAAAAGUUGUGUCUGGACAAAGAUCACCUGAUUCCAGCAAACAUGGAUGGAAGACCCAGCUGUGACCAGUGUGGAAAGACCUUCACCACAGCAAGUUCCCUAAAACUCCACCAACGCAUCCACACUGGAGAAAGACCAUAUGAGUGUGACCAGUGUGGAAAUGCUUUCACCACAGCAAGUGACCUAAAAAACCACCAAUGCAUCCACACUGGAGAAAAACCAUAUGAGUGUGACCAAUGCGGAAAGACUUUCACCGCAGCAAGUUCCCUAAAAAGCCACCAAUGCAUCCACACUGGAGAAAACCAUAUGAAUGUGACCAGUGUGGAAAAGCUUUCACACAAGCAAUCUCCCUAAAAAUCUACCAAUGCAUCCAUUUUGGAGAAAAACCGUAUGAGUGUGACCAGCGUGGAAAUGCUUUCACCACAGCAAGUCACCUAAAAAUCCACCAACGCAUCCACACUGGAGAUAAACCGUAUGAGUGUGACCAGUGUGGAAAAAGUUUCACCAAAAUGAAUGGGCUUAAAUGUCACCAAUGCAUUCACACUGGAGAAAGACCAUAUAACUGUGACCAGUGUGGGAAGUUUUUCGCCACAGUUAAUCACCUAAAAAUCCACCAACGGACCCACACUGGAGAGAGACCCUACCAGUGCAGAUUCCGUGACAGAUAUUUUAUCACAGGUUCAAAAUGUAUUAAACAUAAACGUGUCAAACAUUUCCACAAAGGACAAAAACUGAACAGUCAUACAAAACGUAAGACAUUGGACUCUAGUGGGAAGAGUCAGUGUCAUGACACACCUAAACAGUUUGAAUGUUUCCAAUGUGAUAAAAGAUUCUCGUCAUCCUCUGCCCUCUGCUAUCAUCAGUGCAGAUGUGAAUCAUCAACAUCUGGACCAAAAUGUCCCUCAGCAUCAGAUGACAAGAAGAAACACAGUGUGUGUGAACCAGCAGCACCCACUUCUGACAAGAACAUCAGACUUAAAAACCUCCAGAUCAGACUUCACAGAAUCCAGAUGUGAAGACAAACAUCAGACUGAAGGCUGUGUUUUGUUGUCCUCAGAGAACAGAACUGUGUUCUAAUGCACCACCUUCACAAAACAGUGACGUUACUGAACCUCAACCUGCACGAGGUGAAAAGUUCAACUAGUGGAGGUCAACAAGGACCUGGUUUCUAUGGCGAUACUACUUCUCAUUGACUCUGUGGACUUUAAUCAGUAACUUGUUGUUGUGAUUCUGUUCCUGGUUGGGGUUCACACAGUUGGAUUUACAUCAGUUAGAAACAACAUGAUGAACAUAAUAUAAUUGAAACAGAAUGACUGAUGAGAUGGUAGUGGUUUAGUCCCAAACUGAGGCC